AUGGCCGCAUCAGUCGAUAUCACCGGCGAUCUGCAGACCGCGAUCCAGGCUGCUGUCCAGCCAAAGCUCAUGGAGAACGGCUGGGUUGUCGAGGAGAACGACACGACACUCUCAGAAUAUGUCACCAUGAUGAUCGUCAACGGCAAAGACGUCGCAGGCGUCAAGUCAGAGCUGGGUGGUGAUCUUCUGGGUGUCGGCGAGAACGACCCUGGAGUUGGCCAGUUUGCAGAGUGGCUCUUCAAUACCGUACAGCAGCUGUCAGCACCGCAACAGCAGGAGCAGAUGGCCGAAGCACCACAGCAAGACCAGCAAUUGCAGCAAAUACCUUCAACGCAGGAUGCGCAGAUGGAAGACUCCACAGCAUCUGCAGAUGCACCUCCGACCGGUCCACGAUCAAUGCGCAAUGGCAACGAGAGAGGACGUGGACCCCGCAUGAUGCGCCAGCUGAACAACUCGAUGGGCCGACCUAGCGACCUUCCCGAUAAGCUGUCCAGGAUAAAGGGCGCAGCAGGUGUUGGUGCUGGACGUAUUGAUUCACAUCGGGGUCGAGACAGUGCGCCGCGAGGUCCCAGAAACAACAGUAUUACUCACGGGCUGCAGCGUGUGAUGGGUACUGGACGAGGUGGUCACCAGAAUGGCGCAAACGGCAAUUUCAUGAACGGCGGUCAAAUUCGUGCCGAUCAGCAGAUGCAAUUCAUGCAGAUGAUGGAGGUACAGGCCAGCAUGGUCGCGCAAUUGCUCCAGCAGCAGAAUGGUGGCCUCCCACAGACUGGACGUGGUGGACAUCCACAGCGUGGCGCAGGGAGGGGCAGAGGAAGAGGCGGUGCUCGUGGAGGCGGCAACCAGAACCCAGCACUCCAUGCAGUCGACGGCAAGCUACCGGAUGGCCCUCUACCAAGUGGCCCGAAUGGCUCUGGCAUGGAUAUCGACGGCAACAAUGGUCAUAGCACCGACGCUUUCUCGACAGCGUGCAAGUACAACACUACUUGCAACGUGCCGACCUGCCCCUUCGCACACCAGUCGCCAGCAGUAACAUCAAACAUACAAGUCGACCUGACCGACACCUGCACACACAGAGUCGCCUGCACAAACACGAAAUGUACUGCGCGGCACCCCAGCCCGGCGUUGCGUAAUGGACACCACGCCGGUGGUGGCUUGUCGUCAAUCGACUGCAAGUUCUAUCCCAAUUGCGCCAAUCCAAGAUGUCCUUACCGUCACCCGACGGCGAUGCCUUGCCGCAACGGGCCCGACUGCACAACCCCGGGCUGCACAUUCGCGCAUGCAAAGAUUAUGUGCAGAUACAACCCAUGCACCAACGCACUCUGUGCUUUUAAGCACGCCGAGGGACAGAAGCGCGGAAAGUUCACUGACAAGGUAUGGACUCCCGAAGGAGGCGAGAAGACCGAUCGAUUCGCCGAUCUUUCAAAGCACAAUGAGGGCGACGAAGAGCUCAUCCGUCCCGAUCAACAGACCAACGGCGAGGGCGCUCGGGAGCAGCAGCAGGAGAGCGUGGUGCCAGACUCACAGAUGGCUGAACUCGCGGAGGUAGUAUAG